UAAGAGAGAACGGACAAAGCAGGACCCGCCGAAGUCUUUCACGUCUAUCACUCGUGCCUAUGAAGUCGCGUGCUCUCUCCGCCACCGCCAGGAUUUACUCUUGCAGCGCGCGUUUCUGCAGACCCAUAUUCACCAAACCACAGAAUAAUGUUAUUCUCGCUCCAACCAACAACAACGUCGUCAAUGACCUCAUCAACAUCUUCACCAAAAAUCCCAUCUGCACAAAUAACUCAGAACUUGACAGCCUUGCACCAUUGCUUAGUACUAAAAUUGUUGAGACUGUAUUGACAGGUUUCAAGAACUGGAAGACAGCGUAUAUGUUCUUCGAUUGGGCUUCAAAUCAGUAUGGAUACAAGCACAAUAUUUAUACGUACAAUGCCAUGGCCUCAAUACUGUCAAGUGCUCGACAAAAUGCCCCACUGAGAGAUUUAGCCACAAACGUUGUGGAAUCUCGUUGCUUUAUGAGUCCGGGGGCUUUGGGUUUCUUGAUUAGGUGUUUGGGUAGUGUGGGAUUAGUUGAAGAGGCCAAUUUGUUGUUUGAUCAAGUUAAAGAGAAGGGUCUAUGUGUGCCAAACGGUUACAGCUAUAAUUGUUUGUUGGAUGCAAUUUCUCGGUCUAGCUCAAUUGAUUUGGCUGAUAUGAGACUGAAAGAAAUGCGUGAUUAUGGUUUUGACUGCGGUAAGUACACUUUGACCCCAUUGUUGCAGGUAUAUUGCACUGCUGGGGAGUUUGAUAAAGCUUUGGACGUUUACAAACAGAUCCAGGACCAGGGUUGGUUAGAUGCACACGUGUUUUCUAUCUUGCUACUGUACUUUUGCAAGUGGGGUGAAGUAGAUAAGGCGUUCAAGUUGAUUGAAAGAAUGGAUGGUCAUGGUAUUAGAUUGAAUGAGAAGACGUUUGCCACAAUGAUAAAUCUGCUAGUGAGGGAGUCCAGGACUGAUAAGGCUCUGCAAUUUUUCAAUGAGAUACGAAAAUCAGGUUUUACUCCUAAUGUUUCUCUUUAUUACGUGUUCAUUGAAGAGCUCUGUAAAACGAAAGAAGUUGUGAAGGCCUUUCAUUUGUAUUCAGAGAUGAAAGAAUUGGGUAUUCAAAUUGAUGUUGGAAUAACCAGAAAGCUCUUAUCUUCAUUUUCUGAAGAAGGGGAUUUAAUUCAAAUGCUGAGAGAAAGUUGGGAACACAUGGAUGAGGAAGUUAGGACAUUGCUUUGCAAUCGUAUUUUGGAUAUUUUUGUUAGCAAGGGCACAAUAGAUAAAGCUUAUGAUCUACUAUUGGAGAUGAUGGGGAGGGAGGUCACUAGUGAUAUUAAAUUGCGUAGUGUCUUAAGCAAUAAGGAAGUUGCAGUACCUAACACGACUUCUUUCAUUAUUGUUAUAGAUGGCCUUCUCAAAUGUGGGAAAUUAGACGUCGCAUUAAACCUUUUUCAAGAUAUGGUGAGAAUUGGUUACAAACCUAAUUUAGUGCUUUACAACAAUUUAAUUUUUGGGCUAUGCAAUUCAAAUAGACUUGAGGAAAGUUAUGAGCUUUUAAGAGAGAUGAAGGAGUCAAGAUUUGAGCCAACCCAAUUUACUCAUAACUCCAUAUUUGGGUGCCUAUGCCAGAGAAGGGAUGUUAUGGGAGCCAUUGCUCUGUUGAGGGAGAUGCGAGUUUUUGGACACGAGCCUUGGAUAAAAAACUCUACGUUACUCGUCAAAAAUCUAUGCAACAAUAGGCAGGUAAUGGAAGCAUGCAAAUUUCUUGAUACCAUGGCUCAAGAAGGGUUUCCUCCCGAUAUAAUUGCCUACUCUGCUGCAAUGGAUGGUUUGAUUAGAAUUAAUAAACUGGACGGUGCUCUGGAGAUAUUCCAAGAACUAAGUACGCGUGGGUUUUGUCCUGAUGUGGUUGCUCACAACAUAAUAAUAAAUGGUCUCUGCAGAGCCAAAAGAGUUGCAGAAGCACAAAAUCUUUUGAAUGAGAUGCUGAUGAAGGGAGUUGUUCCCUCUGUAGCCACCUACAAUUUGCUGAUAGACGGAUGGUGCAAAAAUGAUGGUAUUGAUCAGGCGAUGCUUUGGUUUUCCAGGAUGUGUGAAAGUGAGAGAGAACCGAAUGUGAUUAGUUAUACGACUUUGAUAAGUGGACUAUGUACUGCUAGAAGACCUGAUGAUGCUCUCAUGCUUUUGAAUCAAAUGGGGGGAAGAAAAUGUGCUCCCAAUAGAAUUGCUUAUCAGGCCCUUGUUCAUGGUCUUUGCAAGUGCGGUAGGACUGAUGAAGCUUUAGUUCAUUUCUACCACAUGAAAGAGAAGAAAAUGAAAUCCGAUACUUAUGUUUAUAUAGGAUUUAUAAGUGCUUUUAUUACCAACUCAAACCUAGCCAUGGCUUUGGAGAUGCUAAAACAGAUGGUUGAUGGAGGAAGUUUCCCAGAUCCAGCUGAUAACAAUUACCCAAUUUUAAGAGAUGCAAUAUAUAAACUUUUAGAAGAUUCUAGAACUUCAUCAUGUAUUAGGAAACUUAUUGAGGAAAACAGUUCUCUACAAAUUACCCUUUCAGAUGUGGGAAGAGAGGGUGGAUUUGAGCCCAUUGUUUGAUUUGAAUUAUAGCAGUGUCCUUGCUUUUGCUCAUGGAGAUUGUGCUGCUGAUUGGGACUGUUAGGCUGAAGAAUCGAAGAGUCGUGUCUUAUGUGGUGUGUUAUUUAACUCUCUGGUUAGAACCAUGAUUCUUCCAUAAUCAUCCUGUAUCUGGCAUCAAAUUCUCGGGCAUCAAAUUCUCGAGCAUCAUCAGUUGAGGAGUGAGAUAACAAGUUCAUCAAGGAAACCAAGGUGAAUCUGAUUUGAUGCGGAAUAUGAGUAAUUAGAGUUCCUUGAGGAAGGUAGACCAUGUACAUAUGUCUUUGCAUUUAAGGUCAUGUGUACGUAAACUUGCAUCUUUGUUUUAAAUCAACCAUGGUUUGCCAGUUGAGCUAGCACCAACCGUCAUGUUUCUGUAAAUCUCUUGCUCAAGUAAAAUAUCCAUGAUUGGAAGCUUCAAUUUUAUUAUUUUUUUUGGUUUGUUCUUUUCAAUCUGGUUAAUAUAUACUGUAUACAUACAUAAGAGUGUUUUUAUGUAUUCAAAUGAUUUGCAUGAAUGCAGUACGGUUAA